AUGUCAACUCGCGAUGAGCUGGUUCGUCGUCGAAAGAUACUCAAGGCUCAGCUAACUCGAACUCAAACUGACAUACAAAGUCUCACCUCUAUAGAUCCUAUCGACGAAUUAAAGGAACGGUUAACAAAGCUGGACGAACCUACUGGCUUUGAGGAAGAAGUUGAUGAGAAUGCUGAAGUAGAAUUGAGAUUGGCCAGAGCCAGGAUGAAGACCGCGGAAGCUCUAGCAUCUUUAUCAGCAUUGAAUACUCAAAUACCCAGUACAUCCAGUCAUGUACUUCCAGAACCGAAUCCAAUGCUCAACUUGCCAAAAGUGAUGCUGCCAACUUUCGACGGAAGCUACCAACAAGGGCAAUCCUUCCGCGACCUCUUCAAAUCCAUGAUUCAUGAUCAACCAAUGAAUCUUUGUCUUAAUUGUUUAAAGAAGACUCAUCUAGGCAACGAAUGUGAUCUUCGAGGAAUGUGCAAUCUCAGCCUCAGCAGAUUGGAUACUCAGAUUCAGAAAUUAUGGCACAUUGAAGAUUCUCUCAAUCAAAACCCUAUCUUAUCAUCAGAGAAAGCUCGGUGUGAAGAGCUAUUCAAGAAGGAUGUUACCAGAGACGGCAAGUUUAUCGUGAGAUUACCACUUCGAGACCAGAUAGAAUCUUUGGGCGAUUCGUUUCACAUGGCUCAAAACAGAUUGGAAUCUGUCGAGAGGCGCGUCAGGCGAGAAGCAAGGCUGAAUGAAUUAUACUCCGCAUUCAUGAAGGAAUAUAAAGAAUUGGGUCACAUGACAGCAGUAAAUGGUGAGUCCUUACAAGGUCAUGAAAUAAAGUAUUAUCUUCCUCAUAAUGCAAUUUUAAAACCGGUUAGCAGGAUAACAAAGUUGCGAAUCGUCUUCGACGGAUCAGCAAAAAGUACUUCCGGUAAGUCGCUGAAUGACAUAAUACUCGUUGGGCCAACUGAUGAGCAAGAUCUUCUCUCACUGGUGUUACGUUUCAGACUUCACCGCAUUGUCAUCACUGCGGAGAUCGAGGAAAUGUACAGACAGGUGUGGAUUCAUCAAGCAGCUCCCUUUCUAGCAACAAGGUGCUUGGAAGAGAUUUCUGAGAAUGUCAAAGACAGCAACCCAAUAUCAGGACAAGUGAUAGCCAAUGACUUCUACGUGGAUAAUAUGAUCACGGGUGCAGACUCCAUCGCAGAAGCCUUGAACUUGCGCGCUCAAGUAUCUACAGCAUCAGAAAGUGUAGGUUUCAAUCUUCGAAAGUGGUGUUCUAACAGCGAGGAAGUGAUCUCAAAUCAACGUCCAGAUUCCUCAACCAAGACAGAGAUGGUCGACCUUGGAAGACCAGAAAAAUCAAAAACACUGGGAAUCAGAUGGCAUCCGCCACCUAAUACAUUGCAAUACAACAGGGUACGUUAUCGAGAAACCUUGAGUGAUCUAAACGACAUCAGGAUAUGUAGGCGAGUCAUUAGUGGCGACUACACGGACCUUCAACUUCAUGGUUUCUAUGAUGCAUCAGAAAAGGCGUACGGUGCUUGCAUCUACAUCCGAGCUACCUUUCAUUCAGGAGAGAGCUCGGUAAGACUGUUGUGUGCAAAUUCACGAAGAGCACCCUUGAAGCAAAGGACUCUUCCCAGUCUUGAGCUCUGCGCAGCAUUGUUGCUAGCAGAGCUUUUCCAGAAGGUCACAAAAUCACUGAAGGUCAGUAUGCUAUCGUAUUUCUGGACAGAUUCCGAACUCGUUCUAGCAUAUUUAGCUGACGAACCAAGACGUUGGAUAACAUUAAUUGGAAAAUGGGUCAGCCAAAUUCAGCAACUGACAGAUGUUAGUCAAUGGAGACGCGUACCUGGUAGCAGCAAUCGGGCAGAUCUUGUCUCACGAGGUGUUUCACGAGCGGAACUCAUUGACAAUGAACUACUGUGGACUGGACCCUCAUGGCUCAAACUUAAUUCAGACUGCUGGCCUAACAAAGGACAGACACCGAACGAGGUACCAGAACGAAGAAAAGCAGCCAUGUGUCAUCUCAGUGUACCGAAAUGGCACAUGAUUGAUCGCUUCUCCACUCCCAAAGAUUUAUUGCAAGAAACUAGUUUUUUCUUCAGGUUCUACAAAACGAUCGCAGGAGAAAAUACAAAGGUGCGCAACAAGAUUAUCACUACGGACGAGAUUAGCUUGCUUGAAGAAAGAAAGUCCUCUCAAUUGCAAGAAUCAACUGCUCACUCUAAAUCCAUUCAUCGAUCCAGAAGAACUGCUGCCUGUUGGGGUCGCCUCGGGAAUUCCGAUCGACCAGAGGAUCAAAGAGGGCGCAAUGCAGUUAAGAACGUCAUCCGCCACUGCAUGGAAUGUGCUCGAGCCAAACCUAUCUCAAUCACUCAUCAGAUGGGUCAUCUACCAGCCGACAGGAAAAAGCAAUGUCGAUCUUUUUUCAACACAAGAGUCGAUUAUGCCGGGCCAAUCUACAUCAAGGGAGGAACCAGAUGCAGUCAAACUAAAUUGAAGCUUUACGUAGCUCUCUUUGUUUGUUUCAGAACAAAGGCCAUUCACUUAGAGCUUGUAACCGAUCUCACUACGGCAGCUUUUCUCACCGAACUGAAGAAUGCUCUCUGCAAUGAAGGAAUCAAGUCGCAUUUCAUUCCUUUAAGAUCACCACACCUCGGCGGCCUCUGGGAGGCAGGUGUACGUUUGAUUAAAAAUCAUCUCAAGAGAAUUCUGGGAGAAUCAUUCUUAACCUUCGAAGACUACUACACCGUGCUCACUCAGAUAGAAGCCUGUCUCAAUUCGAGACCCAUCACAUAUUUAUCCGAUGACCCUGCAGAUCCUCUACCACUAACACCGGGACAUUUUCUCAUCGGCGAAGCAUUGUUAGCACUGCUUGAGACUGAUGUAGCGAGCAUUCCAGAUAAUAAACUCAUCAUCUGGGACAGAUUACAAAAAAUGAAGCAACACUUCUGGAAGCGAUGA